AUGUUAUGGAAGUGUUUCUUUAUGCUAUUUGCAGCCGUUGCAGUCAGCGCAAAACAGGGACAGCUAUAUAGCCCCCCGAUCAGCCCCGGUUAUGGAAAUUGGUCCUUGGCUUACGACAAGGCGCAUAGCUUUGUUUGCAGUUUGACCCUUACAGAAAAGGUCAAUCUCACGACUGGUGUUGGCACCGGCCAAACGCUGGGGUAUUCUGUGGGCAUCAUACCCAGAGUAGGGUUCCGAGGUCUCGCCAGCGAUGAUUCUCCUACCGGUGUUCGAGGAGCUGAUUAUUCCUCUGCGUUUCCGGCUGGGAUGAAUCUUGCUAUGUCCUGGGAUAAGACGCUCAUCUACGCAAUGAACUAUGCCAACGGCGCUGAACAUAAAGCAAAAGGCAUCAACUCCAUUGAUGCCCCUGUGUGUGGCCCCCUUGGUCGCACUCCGACUGGCGGACGCAACGCCGAGGCUUUCUCUCCAGAUCCUUAUCUCUCUGGAAUCGCCUUUGGAGAGGCUGUCGCUGGAAUGCAAGCAUCCGGCGCCAUCGCUGUGGCCAAGCAUUUUAUUCUAUACGAGCAAGAGCACUUUCGGGAGGUCAUCGAGUGGAAUGAAUGGAAUGCCGGUCCUAAUAUCUCGGAACCUUACUCUUCCAAUUGUGACGACCGCACAUUCCACGAGCUCUACCUCUUCCCCUGGUAUGAUGCAGUCAAGCGCGGACUGGCAGCAGUUAUGUGCUCUUACAAUCAAGUCAACAAUACCCAGGUUUGCCAGAACAAUCACCUCUUGAACGAUAUCUUGAAGGGUGAAUUAGGCUUCCAAGGCUAUGUGACGAGUGAUGACGGAUCCCAGCACUCUGGUGUGGACUCAGCCCUCGGCGGUAUGGACAUGACAGGUCCCGGGGAGACCUCACCGAAUGGUGUGGCUGGCUUCGGAGAGUCCUUCUGGGGCCCGAACCUGACACUAGCUGUACUCAACGGUAGCGUACCGGAAUGGCGAUUGAAUGACAUGGCGACAAGAAUUAUGGCGGCGUACUACUAUCUUGGUCAAGACGAAGACUAUCCCGAACUCAACUUCGCAUCGGGAAAUUUUGCGACCUACAACUAUGAGUAUCCCGGUGCCAAACUAGACUAUCAACAAGUCAACCAGCACCUGGACGUUCGGCAGAACCAUGCUCAUCUCAUCCGCGACAUUGGCGCCAACUCUAUCGUAAUGCUCAAGAACAGUGGCAUCCUACCCCUGAAGAGACCAAGACAGAUCGCCGUCAUUGGCGAGGAUGCAGGGCCGUCAGUGUAUGGUCCCAACGGGUGCCCGGAUCGUGGAUGCAAUAACGGAACACUGGCGAUGCUGUGGGGAAGCGGAAGCACCAACUUUCCAUAUCUUGUCGACCCCUUAUCGGCUAUCCAGUCCCGAGCCCUUCAAGAUGGCACUGUUGUCCAGUAUGUGCUUAAUAACUGGGCAAAAGAGCAGAUUGGGGAGGUCGCUUACCAGGCCGACGUCUCUCUGGUUUUCAUCAACUCAGACAGUGGGGAAGGCUAUAUCGAAGUUGACAACAACUAUGGAGAUCGCAACAACAUGACCGCGUGGCUUGAUGGCGAUGCUCUAGUGCGCCAAGUGACUGCGAAUUGCAGUGAGACAAUUGUAGUCAUUCAUUCGACGGGGGCGAUACUGAUGGAGGAGUGGAUCGAAAACCCCAAUGUGACUGCCGUCCUAUUCGCCGGGCUUCCAGGACAAGAGAGCGGGAACUCCCUGGUGGACGUUCUAUAUGGCAGUGUGAACCCCUCUGGAAAGCUCCCGUGGACUGUGGCCAAGAAUCGCUGCGACUAUGGAACAGAUGUGUUGUACGAGCCCAAUGGACCAGUGCCUCAAAUCAACUUCACGGAAGGGUUGUACAUCGACUACCGACACUUCGACAAAGAAAAUAUCCAGCCACGCUUUGAGUUUGGGUUUGGAUUGAGCUACACCACUUUUAAGUACAGCAAUCUACGCAUGGAGACUCUAUCACCAAAGCCAAGUUCGACGGUGUCUGCGGGAUCCCAAACGAGUCCUCCGCCAAUGUGUCGCAGUACAAGUCUCAACCCAUCAGACUAUACCUUCCCUGCCACAAUGAGCUCCUUGACGCAUUACAUCUACCCUUACUUAGCACCUGACAUGACAGUGACUACCAGCCUUGCUACUCCUACGAAUGCGAUCCGUCCUGUCUCACCGAGCCCGCAAGGAGGUGAUCCGAGAUUAUGGGACGUUCUUUAUCGUGUCAUGGUAUCCAUCAAGAAUACCGGACACGUUGCUGGUCAAGAGGUUGCACAGCUUUACUUGGAUCUUGGAAAUGAAGAGCCUACACGUCAGCUACGUGGAUUCAGCAAGAAUAUGGUGCAACCUGGGCAAACGAAACAUGUCACAUUCGAGCUGCGCCGCCGGGAUAUCUCGAUCUGGGAUGUUCUUUCGCAGGAAUGGAAAGAGGUCACCAAGCUCGGCACCACAAUUGGGGUUCACGUCGGUUCCAGUUCCAGAGAUCUCCGGCUUUACGGUGAAAUCUCGCCUUAG